AUUGCUCUGCGCCAGAAAGCGCGUCCACUCACUGCAACUCAUGAGCGCGCACUCGUGGUGUGACAGCGAAGGGAGAGAUAGAGGAAAGGCGGUCAGUCAGUCCUCGGCUGCGGUUCACGAGCGUCUACACCCGGCGUGAUUCAUGAGCAAGUGUUCAGGAGGAAAGUUCAUCUGUCAUAAUCAUCAUGUCCUCUGUCUCGGAGUGGUACGCUGGGAAAAACGUCCUGAUCACAGGGGCGACGGGCUUCAUGGGGAAGGUGCUGGUGGAGAAACUUCUGCGCUCGUGCCCGGACGUGAACGCCCUCUACAUUCUCGUCAGGCCGAAGGCGGGUCAAUCCAUGCAGGAACGUGUUCAAGACAUGAUGAAGUGUAAGCUGUUUGACCGCGUCCGUGAGGAUAAUCCAGAGUUUCAUAAGAAGGUUGUGCCCAUCAGCAGUGAGCUCACACAGCCCGGAUUGGCCAUCAGUGCAGAGGAUGUGCAGAAACUCACCUCCUGUAUUAACAUCGUGUUUCACUGUGCCGCCACCAUCCGAUUCGAUGAACCACUCAAACACGCCCUGCAGCUGAACGUCAUCGCCACACAGCAGCUCCUGUCUCUGGCCCAGCAGAUGCAUCACCUGCAGGCUUUCAUCCACAUCUCCACCGCAUACGCCAACUGCAACCGUAGACACAUCGAUGAGGUCGUCUACCCUCCACCUGUCGAGCCCAAAAAACUAAUUGAUUCUUUAGAAUGGAUGGAUGACAGCAUCAUACGUGACAUCACACCACGAUUAAUAGGGGACCGACCCAACACGUACACCUACACCAAAGCUCUGGCAGAGUGUGUCGUUCAGCAGGAAAGCCCCAAACUUAACAUUUGUAUUAUCAGACCGUCUAUCGUAGGAGCCAGCUGGCAGGAACCGUUCCCAGGUUGGAUAGACAACUUCAAUGGACCAAGUGGUGUUUUCAUCGCUGCUGGGAAGGGCAUACUGCGUACCAUAAGAGCCAGUAAUGAUGCCGUGGCAGAUUUAAUACCCGUAGAUGUGGUUAUAAACCUGACACUGGCUGCAGGCUGGUAUACUGCUGUACACAAACCAAAAACUGUACAAGUAUACAACUGCACGACAGGAGGCAUCAACCCCUUCCACUGGGGAGAGAUCGAGCAUCACGUGAUCUCCACGUUUAAAAGGAAUCCACUAGAACAGGCCUUCCGUCGCCCCAACGCCAACAUCACCUCCAAUUACCUGAUGAACCAAUACUGGAUCCUCGUCAGCCACAAAUUACCUGCUUUCAUCUAUGAUCUCUUCCUGCGUCUGUCCGGACAGAAGCCGCAAAUGAUGCGCAUUUUCAAUCGUCUGCACAAAGCCAUUGGUUUGUUGGAGUACUUCAGCAGUCAGGACUGGGAAUGGAAAUCUGACAACAUUAACAUGCUGAUGAGUGAACUCAGUCCAGAGGAUCGCAAGACAUACAACUUUGACGUUCGCCAACUGAACUGGCCGGAGUACAUUGAGAAUUACUGCAUUGGUACUAAGAAAUAUGUUCUGAAUGAAGACAUGUCCGACAUCCCUGCCGCCAGACAACACUUGAAGAAGCUGAGAAACAUCCGAUACACUUUUAACACCGUGAUACUCGUCUUCAUCUGGCGCGUCUUCAUCGCCCGCUCUCAGAUGGCCAGAAACAUCUGGUACUUCGUCGUGAGUUUGUGCUUCAAGUUCCUGUCAUACUUCAGAGCGUCCAGCACUUUGAACCAAUGACCGGAUCGUACGGGAAGUUUGUGUCCUCUUCCUCCAGGACUUCCUGUUUUACUUCCAGAGCUCUGCAGUGAUUGAGGUGAUCUUCAGUCAUUAACGCACACACACCUGAACCAGACAAACGUCUCUUAACUUACUUUCCUCACCGGCCGCUUGUCCGACUCAACACCUCACAGCUCUACUGAUGGCGCAUUUGCUGUUUUUUUAAAGUGUCUCCUUUUAUAAAGACUCUCCUUAAUAGCGAUUAUAUAUGCAACUGCACUUACAGUGUUUCUCCUUUAUAUUUUGUGGCCAUUUAAAGUCCAGAGACGUUGCCUUUGUGUCUUCUGGUGAUUUUUAGCCGCCUUCGGUACAGACAGUGUUUCAUCAGAGGACAAUUAAUGUACCAAGAUAUUUAUUAAUUGAACUCUUAAGAUUUUUAUCACUAACCACUGAAACUCUGCAGUUAUCAGCUUUAUCUGUCUGUCGAUCUGUGUGUGUUUUAAAGUGUACUGUCUUUUCUAAUACCAUGUAAACUGUUGUCUUUGCUACCAUGUGUUACUAUUGGCAGUAACAAGGACAUUUUGGUCUUUAUAUUAGUCUUUGUAUGGCUGUAAGUCAGAGGUACCCAAACACAGUCCUGGAGAGCCGGUACACUCCGCAAACUAUGCAGGACACCGGACCUCCAGAAGCGAGUUUGGGUACCCCUGCUGUAAGUCUUUGGUUCAGGUUUGUGUUUCGGGGUUGUGUUUGAAUGUGCAUAUAUAACACAACACAAACUACAAUAAUGUAUAUUGUUUUUAACAUCAACUCCAUUUUGGUAAAUCUCAUUAAAACGAGUUCAGGUUAUGUUUCACCCCUUAAAGGUGCAGUGUAUAAUUUUUAGAAGGAUCUCUUGACAUAAAUGCAAAAUAUUAUACAAAACUAUAUGAUCAGGAGUGUAUAAAGACCUUUCAUAAUGCACCGUUAUGUUUUUAUUACCUUAGAAUGAGAUGUUUUUUUCUACAUACACAGAGGGUCCCCUUACAUGGAAGUCGCCAUUUUGUGCCGCCAUGUUUCUACAGAAGCCCUUAACAGAAAUUUUUUACAAAAAUGAUGUCCAACGGUGGGUGACAUGUUUGUCCGGUGGCGGCUAACGUAGCUUCUUUAUGCGUUUCAAAAGCAAGGGGUGAGCAGUGGACUGAGCCGUUGGUUGCAAUGCGCAACCUCACCACUAGAUGCCGCAAAAAUGUACACACUGCACCUUUAAUAAGGAGAAAAAGAAAUUAGGACAAUUGAGAGUUGUGUGCACAAUGUAUCAUGAUGACAAUUUUCACAUAACAGUUUAACAGUUGUCAUUGUCAUCAUCAUUUUAGUUGUUUUUCCUCAAUGGUGAAUCUCAUUAAUGCAAUGUAGUAGAAAUAACUGUAAUCUAAUAUGGUUUCUCUUUUGAAAUCACAUGAAGGCAGAACUGCAAAUACUGCCAUGAACAAAUAAUAAUGAGUUUUUUGCAUUACAAUAAUGAGAGGAAUUUGAAGAGAAAUCAUCUUAGACACUGUUGCAAUGCAAUAAGUCUUCAUUUUUCUAUAUAUGCAAAGUAUAAAAGUCUUCUGCUUUAGAGGUGAAGUGAGAGAUCUGCUCAUGCACAGGUUUAAUGAGCUAUAAUGACAUAUUAAUGUUCUUGUGUUUGUUUGUACACACUGAGUUUACAACAUAAGCAUCUUCAUGAUGAUUUAAUAUCAGAUUGACGAUUUGGCUAAUGGGCAUAACGUUUCAUUGACCUGUAAAUAAUCAAAGGUAUAUAAAUAUAUGACUAUAUGGUGAUAGACAUACCAAAAAUGUACAAAUGUAUAUUUGCGAGGGCUGCUUGGAGCAUCUGUUUCCUGAAAGGACUGAGGGCUUCCCAUAUUUUUUGAAGAAAAGGGAAAAAAUAAGAAGAAAAGGAUUAUUUUAAGUGUUGAUAUCAGUGGGUUCUGUUUUUUAAUUUUGCCUAUGUUUAAUAUGCACCGAGAUUUUACAUCUGUUAAAGUUUAAACCCCACAGCAAAAGAAAAAAUUUCCUUUUUCCCAAAGUUAGCAGACAUUACAGUAUAUGGAUUUUAUAAGGGAACAUCCUUCACAAAUCUUUUAAUGUUCUAGUUUAGAUGGAUCUAUCCCGCAUCACCUACGGUUCUUCCUUCUGCAUAAACUUUUUACUUUUGUUGUCAUUUGAUUUCUUCACUUUAAGCUUAAAUAAGUGUAUGUAUAAUGACUGCCAGUAGUCAAAUCGGUGGUGAAAUGUGAAGGUUCUGUGUUUCCUUUGACUUCACAGCAUCUUGUUGGCAUGAUCUGUUGUUAAUAUUACAAACAUGAACAAUAGACAUGAAACACUUCCCCUGGUGAUCUGCUGCCAAACUAUAUUUUUAAAUUGUAGUGAGGGGGAAGAAUCCCAUUUUGUAACAGGUGUUUGCCUUCCAUUUUUUAUAUGUUUCACAUACAGUAUUUAUGGUCACUAUGAAACCACACGUCUUCCUCUGCUUACUUGUGAGUCUUUUGAACAAUUUUACAUUGGGAAAGGCAAAGUUAAACAUAUUUCGUAACAUACAACUAUAUAACUAAAUUGUAUAUGUAGAGAAAGCUAACGCACAAACUAUAAAAUAUCCUAUUAGGAUGAAUAGAGCAUUCCAGUCAUGUAAUAAUACACAGACACUUUUCUAACAGAAUCGAACACCUUAAUGUCUUAAGAUCGCCCAAGCUAAGCUUUUACUGCCAACAUGAUCUUUGCAAACAAUUGAUGCUCUUCCACAGAGACAUGUAGAUGAUGUUUUACAGUAUAGUUUGUACUGUAUUGAAUACCAGAGUCUACAAUGAGGCAAUGUUUUUUUUUUUAAUUUUCCCCAGUAACACAUGCACGUUUGCUUUUUACAUACGAGAUGAAGAUGCUUACACGGUUGAUGACCUUCCUUCUCUCAACAUUUGUCUUUGGUCUCUGCUGUCAGACGCGUCUGUUGAGAUCCUUAAAUGAAAAUUGUACCUGGAUAUGUUGUGUGUUUGACUGUUUGUUGCAAAGACUUCAUGAGAAAAAUAAACUUAAAUGACCAAGUUCA